CGGGCCUCUACCGAGGAAUGUCAUCUCCGAUGGCUGGCGUGGCGCUGGUGAACGCCGUGGUGUUCGGUGUCUACGGCACCACCCAGAAGCGCCUCGGUGACAGCAUCUGGGCCCACGCAGCCGCUGGCGUCCUGGCCGGAGCCGUGCAGAGCAUCAUCAGCAGUCCCGUAGAGUUGGCCAAGACCCGGUUACAAAUCCAAGGCCAGAGUGGACGUCGCGCCCUCUACAAGGGUCCCGUGGACUGCCUGCGGCAGGUGCUCAGGGUGGAAGGCCUCCGAGGUGCCUUCCGAGGACUCGGGCCGACAUUAUUGCGGGACGCACCGGGCUUCGCCGUCUACUUCGCCAGCUACGAAGAGAUGGUGCGCUUAGGUGCCGACGGUACCUUCAGCGGUGCCAAAGGUACCGCCGCAUUGAUGGCCGCCGGAGGGCUCGCGGGCGUCUUCUCCUGGAUGGCCUGCUACCCGAUGGACGUCCUCAAGUCCAGGCUCCAGGUGGACGGCAUGAGAGGACCGCGAAGAUACAAGGGUCUCUGGGACUGCGCCGUUCAGAGCUACCGCCAAGAAGGCCUGCGCGUCUUCACCCGUGGCCUGAACUCCACCCUCCUGCGGGCCUUUCCCACCAACGCCGCCACAUUCACCGUGGUCACGUGGGUGCUCCGGCUGUGCGACCCCAACGCUAGGCCCGCCAUGGAGCCCGUCACCCAUCUGGCCAUGACGCCGCACCACCAUCACUUUCAUCCUCAGCACCACGUCGUGCACUUCGACCCCGAGCUUUACGUCAGCAGGGUCGUGGCCAUGGCGUGGGACGACAUGCACUAUCAUUUUUGAGCGUUUGCUCUAUCUACACUAUCUAAUCUAUGAUGCUUCUUUCCUCACCCUCAGUGUGGUGUACAAGGCCGGAAUAAUUUAAGGAUUCU